GUUAGGCCCGGCACAACACUGCCAUCAACAUACUGGUCAUGGACACACAUGCUUUGUGUUGACGGGGGGUGGGGGGGGGGCCAUUAAAAAAAUGGAUACAUUUUUGUUUAUGUGUUUCUCUUUUUGUAUGUGCAGGAAGUGAGAUGAUCUAACACAGACGCGAAGCAAAUUGAUUUCUACUGGUGAUUCUAAUUGAUGAUGUGUAUAUAAAUAUACAACUAAUGAAACCAAAUAUUAUACAAGAAUCUAAAUAAGCUUAAUGCCGUCUAAUGUAAGGCAUUUAUUUAUAUUUUUACGGCGGGAAAAAAAGCACUCAGCUUUUCUGGUGUUUUUCUCAAUAAACUAUCGUUUACGAUGGACCAAUUUUUUUUUUUUAUAUUGCUUAUGUUUCGAGCAUAUGAUUAGUUGUGUUCACAAAACUAAUGGCCACUGAAAUAUUUUCUUUUGAAUACAAACUACACAGCCAACAUAUUGUCAAAAGCCAAAAGCAGGAUUUUUUAAAAAAUCAUUAUUUUAUUUCUUAUUCAGCUACGGUAACAUAGUUUUGUGACUAAAUGCUAUCAACAUUUUCAGCUACGGUAACAUAGUUUUGUGACUAAAUGCUAUCAACAUUUUCAGCUACGGUAACAUAGUUUUGUGACUAAAUGCUAUCAACAUUUUCAGCUACGGUAACAUAGUUUUGUGACUAAAUGCUAUCAACAUUUUCAGCUACGGUAACAUAGUUUUGUGACUAAAUGCUAUCAACAUUUUCAGCUACGGUAACAUAGUUUUGUGACUAAAUGCUAUCAACAUUUUCAGCUACGGUAACAUAGUUUUGUGACUAAAUGCUAUCAACAUUUUCAGCUACGGUAACAUAGUUUUGUGACUAAAUGCUAUCAACAUUUUCAGCUACGGUAACAUAGUUUUGUGACUAAAUGCUAUCAACAUUUUCAGCUACGGUAACAUAGUUUUGUGACUAAAUGCUAUCACGCUAGAAAUUCACGAGUAAUAGUCAACAACAACAAGAAAUGAUUUUAUUUAUAAUUUUUCCAGCUUUUUUCUUUUUUUUUUUUUAUAUUAAAAGGUAUCAACGCUCAAUUCACCGUUAACAACAUGCAGAGGUCAAGCGUGUGGCUCGCCAUCACUAUGUUCAUGGUCGCUAUAGGUAACAAUGGAAAAUUGGCUUUUAAAAAACUAAAUAAAUAAUAAAACUAUAGUUCAAACAGUAUUUUUGCUAAAAACGUCAUUACAGAAUUUAAAAACUGGUUUAUUUUCUCAAGGGAAAAAAAAAAAGUUAAAAAAAGAAAGAAAACAAGAACUGACACAAAAUGUUUUAUAAAUUAAAUAUAUUAUUUUUACAAUUAUUUUAAUAAUAACUAAUUUUACGUAGUGUAGUGACGUUAUAUAAAUGAACAAAUCCCUUAUAUAUGUGAACAAAAUUCUAAUAUAUGUGAACAAAUCCCUUAAUUGUGUGCAGACAUUCAGUAUAUAUAUGAACAAAACCUUUAUAUAUGUGAACAAAGCUCUUAUAAAAUAAAAUUAAAACCUUGCUUUGCCUCUCCUCAGAAGACAUAUGCCACGGCCAAAUAAUCACACAAGGUAAUUUUUAAAUUGUUUUGAAAAUGAGGAACGUGUCAUUGUGUUGAUAUAAUACACAUGAUGGCGUGUUAUUAAUUGUUGGUGCAACUCGUCAUCACUUUUAAGUUCAUUGAAUUCUUGUCUCUCCAUCUUAUCGUCUCCCCAUCUUAUCGUCUCCCCAUCUAAUCGUCUCCCCAUCUUAUCGUCUCCCCAUCUUAUCGUAUCUCCGAAGAGUCUUUGGCUGAAAGAAAACGUAUCUUAACUAUGGUAACGUAGGAUAUGCAUCAUAACAAAACAGGGUGGUUUUAAAAUCAAGAGGACUGUAACACGAAUGUCUAAAAAUUACACGCGUGUCUCUAAAUGUACUACCACUUAGAGUAAAUCCACUCUGUUCAGGUGACUGCUCCUGUAGCUGUGCACACACGAAUGUCACGCUGACCGGCCUGCAACUGCAGAAACUGGGCAUCAGUGCAGCGGUCAAGAUCGUAGCAGACUUGACCGUGGACAAGCAGGUAACCAUUCACUUCUAAAAGAUAACUGAAUAUCACGUUUCCUUUAACACCGUGUUCCCCCACCUUUUUAGGUCCUACGCCCCACAUAAUAAUCUAAAAGGUUUAAUGUUUAUUUGGUCCCACUAUCAGUGUUGCCCACCCUUCUUUGAAAAUUUAAAUAAUUUCGCCCAGAGACUUAACGUAAGAUGGGUCCAAGCUAGCGUCUCCCAAACUUUUCAGUCUGACGGGCAGGUGGCUCAGGGGCCAGAGGGACAAAUUAUAUAGCGGACCUGGGACCGGUGGACAGGUUCCCCAUUGGAUCAGAGACCGGAGGACAAGUUCCCCAUUGGACGAGGGCCGGUGGAUAAGUUCCCCAUUGGACCAGGGACCGGUGGACAAGUUCCCCAUUGGACCAGGGACCGGUGGACAAGUCCCCCAUUGGACCAGAGACCAGUGGACAAGUUCCCCAUUGGACCAGGGACCGGUGGAUAAGUUCCCCAUUGGACCAGGGAAUUCCUCAUUGGACCAGGGACCGGUGGACAAGUUCCCCAUUGGACCAGGGACCGGCGGACAAGUUCCCCAUUAGACCAGGGACCAGUGCACAAGUUCCCCAUUGGACCAGGUACCAGUGGACAAGUUCCCCAUUGGACCAGGGACCGGUGAACAAGUUCCCCAUUGGACCAGGGACCAGUGGACACGUUCCCCAUUGGACCAGUGACCGGUGGACAAGUUACCUUUUGUACAGGGACUUUUUUCAGACUUAUUAGUUACAUUUUCUCUUUUAUUUGCCAAGAAUAUUCACAUUGUAGGGACCUGCAACGUAAGGUUUGCGGACCAGAGCCGGUCCGCGGACCACCUUUUAAAUAACGCCCGACUAAGCUUACUCACUGACAACGUGCUCAUAACCAAGCUCAUCUAUUAUUCUGUUGGUUAGACUCAAAAGUCGACCGGACCGUGUAACAUUUCCUACGUAUUGAGUGGAGCACUUAACAUCAACGCACUCUUUAAUAGAAACUUAUAACACAAUAUUUUUAAAAAAUAACUAAAAACAUUUCUUUAAGUUUAUUUCAACAAUUUAUGAUAAAUAAAUUACGAAAACAAAAACAUAUUUCUGUUCUAAUUUUGAUCUGUUGAGCAUUUGACUGUUUAGCAGGGCCAGCCGAUCGCUAAGGUAUUUUGAACAAUAUCGAUUUUUCGAUAAUAUCGAUAGUAUCGGUACCCUAGCUAUCAUGUUUGCGCCAAACAGUCCUGGAGUGGUAGAGGGGGGAUAUUUUAGUUAGGCCAGUGCUCCGAUUUCAACGCAUUACUAACUACACCGGUUGAUUCGCUUUUUUUGUUCCUUGGUGAAAACUGUUCUUCCUAUUCAUUUUUUUAGUAUAAAAAAAAUCCGAUUGCACUUGGCCAUGCAGGUGGCCAUUUGUAAUAUAGUAAAAUACUCCCGGCUAUUGGUCACAAAUGACUGGAGUGGGAUGUAAAAAAAAAAAAACAGGUAAUUCUUUGUUGUUCGGGUAACUUAAAGGUCGGCCGGAAGUUGACGUUUAUUUUGGGAAAGGAUAUACUGGGAGGUCAACGUUGAAAUGCUUAGCUACUGAUUUCAACAAGCUACAAGAUAGGCCAUCAGAACUUUCGUUAUAAGAUAGGGUAUCAGAACUGUCGUGACGAGAUAGGGCAUCGGAACUUUCGUGACGAGAUAGGGCAUCGGAACUUUCGUGACGAGAUAGGGCAUCGGAACUUUCGUUACGAGAUAGGGUAUCAGAACUUUCGUGACGAGAUAGGGCAUCGGAACUUUCGUGACGAGAUAGGGCAUCGGAACUUUCGUUACGAGAUAGGGUAUCAGAACUUUCGUGACGAGAUAGGGCAUCGGAACUUUCGUGACGAGAUAGGGUAUCAGACCUGCAUGACAAGACACGUAACCAAAAUUAAGCGACAAGAUACAGAAAUAGACCUAAGUGACAAGGCACAGAACAAGACCUAAGUUCCAAAAUACACUACCAGAACCAAGUGACAAAAUAAAGAAAUAGACCCCAAAAAAAGUCUUUCGCAAAUUACGUCACGCUAAAAGUGACCUUUUUAGACCCCACCCUGUCACAAAUUGUCACAAAUUCUUUUGUCCUCCCCAACCGCCCUAGUGUCACGUCACAUCUAAAACUAUUACAACAUACAUAAAAUGUCCAUAACUAAACUAAGAUUUUAUUUUAUUAUUUAACAUUUUCCAAAAAUUUAUUAAUAUGUAGUAUUAUUAGGAAACUGGGACGCGAAAGAAUCAAGACAUCCACAAGUCGAAUGUAAAAUGGCCACAAAAGUUUUUGCGUCAUUUUUCGAUAUGCGCAGCAGGUAUGCUCGACUGAGGUUCACGAUACCAAUAAUAACAGAAGCAAUCCCGACCUCAAAUUAAUGUUUUUAAAAUUAGUUUGAAAAAGAUUUUUCAAAAUUUGAAAAUUUUAGAUUUAAAACAAAAUUUAAUCGUGACGUCACAAAGUUUUGACCCCCCCUCCCCCUGUCACAAUUUCUCGACCCCCCUACCCCCUGAAGGUGACGUAAUUUUCCAACGAACCCUAAGGGAGAAUACUCAGAACAAGAACCAAAACAAAAGAUAGAGAAAUAGACUUAAGUGACAAGACCCAGAACAAGACCCUGGAUGACAAGCUACAUCACAAGACCUAAGUUACGAGAUUCGAGUAAUAGAAGACACUGUUUUGGGGAAUCUCUGAUUUAUGCAAAGCAUUUAUUUGUAUUUUAUUUUUUUUUUAUAUAAUAGUUUAGUUGAUAUAUUAACCAUAUUUUUUUUAUAACUUGAAACAACUUCAAUUCCGAGACAGUUAAUUGCUAUAUGUGCACUAAGGUAAGCAUAGACGGUUGCCAGCGAAGUGAUUAAAUCAUUUUAAACUGGAAUAAGUGGAUGUCACGAUGGAACUCCCAAAGGUGUCUGUUAUUUCUAAGACCGGAAAAAGUCACAUCGCAUUACGUAACGUUGCUAUUUUUAUACAAUUUUUCGUAAAACUUAGCUUAUCACAAUGUAUUUCCACACAUCUAGAACAGUAACAAUUUGUUUGUGAAAUCUUUCGUAAAAUAAAUUGUAAACUGUUUUCGUCUAAGUUAAGACUCCCUACGCCGGCUCACUUAACCUGUAAGUAACGAACACCUGUUGAAAGAUCGGCCAAAGGAUGUUCCAUUACAAUUUCAAUGAGCUCGGCCAGACGGUAUCCCCGGAUCUUCUAUUAAUAGAUUUCCAACAUUAAAUGACAAUCCAUGCGGCGCGUAAACUAAAAAUCUCCAAUAACUGCACUAGAAACUGCCGAAACCCCCAAAGCAUAUUGAUGUGUAUGCAAGAUGCCGCGGCCAAGAACAUAAUGGUUUAUAUACAUUACGCGGAUUUACUGAAAGUGUCCGAUAAUCUGUAUUCCUUUGAAUUUCUCAGAUCUUAUCCCAGACAAUUAGAAGAAAAAUCAGCAUACCCGACCAGCGACCGUCAGCCAAGAGCAUCGGCUACUUCGGGGUGGUCAUCAUGGCCACGGUGGCACUCGUUAUCGUCUUGAUGGACGUGCCCCAUUUCUUUCAGGUAAUGCCCCCCCCCCUUUUCUCUUAUGAAUUGCCCCGUUACAAGUCAUCUGAUAGGAGGGAUGACAAAAUCUCCCCGAUCUCGCUCCAGUAGACUCUCAUUCUCGGUUUCAAUAGUAGUAAAUGUAAUUUCUCAAUUUUCUUUCAUUUUUUUUUUUAAUUUAAAUUUUCAGCUUAAGCACACAAGAAAAAAUUAAUUGAUUCAUGUUCCCCAAACAUGAUCGCAUCAAAUAUUAAACAAUUUUUUUUGUUUAAACAUUACAUUUUUAGGAUGACCUCAUAUUAAAAUUACAUUUCUAGGAUAUCCUCAUUUUAAAAUUACAUUUUUAGGAUAUCGACAUUUUAAAAUUACAUUAUGUAAGAUAUCCUCAUAUUAAAAUAACUAUAUUUAAAUUUUAGCGGUACAGUUCUUUAGUGAUCCAUCGAGUAUGAGUCAUUCAGUUUAUUCAAAUCAAAUAUAUUAUAAUAAUUAGCCUGAGAAUGUUAAAAACAAAUUUGUAUGUUUAGCUUUUGAAAUAUUUAUAUUUAAAUUUAAAAAAAAAAUGAAAAUUCGCCAAGUAAAUUGCAUGCUCUUUUUGUACCAAAUUUUUAAUUUAAAAAAAAAAAGAGAAUUUGUCAUGAAAAAUCAAGUCUUGAAAUAAUUGCUUCCUACUGAGAUCAAUUAUAGAUUUUGUUUGUAUCCAUCCAAAGCUUUCUUUUCUGUCAUUUCAGAUGGCGAAGCACAUGUGCAAGACAGUUUUCAAGAAAAAAUUGGUUUAGCAGCAACUAUUAUUUUUCAAUAAUAUUUUCUUUAUUUUUGCAACCAAUGUAAAAAUUCAUGAAUGUGUCAGACAAAAAAAAGCAACACAUGGACAGAAAAAUAAAAUAAUUUGUUUUUAUACAAUUUCAACAACAAAAAAUUAGUCAAGACUUUUCAAAGUAAUAUUCAUUGGUAUUUAUAGAAAUAGAUUUAUGUAGAUCAGAAAACAGCUUCAUGAGAUGUGUCUUUAAAAAAAGUAUCCACAUUUACAAAUAAGCAUGCUGUGUAGUCGAGAAAAAAAUAUACAAAUUUGCGAGCCUCCUAAUAAGCUAAAUUAAAAUUACUGAUCAUAGAUUUAGAUAACUUAUUAACCUACUUAUUGACAUUUUUGUGUGUGUGUGUGUGUACAUCUAAUCAUUAAGAGUGUGUACAGAUUAAGUCUAGUUGCUAAAAGAGGACGUUUAAAAAAACUAAGAAACGCCUUAACUGGUUGUAAAAUCUCAAAGAAGUUUUAAUUCUUAAGAAGAAAAAAAAACAUACCCUAAUGCAGCGGUUCUCAACCUUCGGGUGUCGCCAUCCACACUAAU